UCAGAUCGUUUGUAAAUAGUGCAGAAAUUUAUCUGAAACACGAUUUACCGCUAACAUUAAACCUAGUUAUAUUAAUAUUUGGAAAUGGAAUACAAAUUACACCUUAAUUCGCAUAGGGAUUGUGCAUGAUUUUUACGGUGAUUUAUAAAGUGGUUUUGAAAAUGGGAUUCGGUUUUAUUGCGUUUCAAAUAGCUUGACACCAAAACGGCAAUUUUAAUAUUAUGUUCUAAAUAUUUUACAUCAAAAUGGGAACAAAGUGUUGCUCUAUUUUCUGUUUGGAAGUAUAUUGUAUUGUAUUGUGCUCAGCAUCUUUGGACAGUGGUACGUGGGUGUGCCACUACCCAUGUCAAUGUGAGAAACGUGAACUCAACUGUGUUGACGGCGUUCCCGUCCUCCUUGACGGUUGCGGGUGCUGCUACAUGUGCGCACGACAGAACGGUGACCUGUGCAGCGUCAGAGACGUAUGUGACGUCAAGCAUGGCCUGUUCUGCGAUAUGACUGUGGGAGCUUCACCUGGCACAGGAGUCUGCAAAGCGAAUGCAUCCAAGCCAUGCGUGGUGAACGGUCAGACGUACGCAGACGGCCAGCAAUUCAAGCCCGAGUGCUCCAGGCUGUGUACAUGUCAGAAUGGCCACUACGGCUGCGUGGACCUGUGCCCGGACGAGUUCCGUAUUCCAUCCAUAAAACACUGCAGCCAACCGAAACUUAUGACCGUCCCUGGACAGUGCUGCCCGCAGUGGACGUGCGAGCGACAGGAAACGGUCCCGGAACCCACUUCCGGCACGAGUGGCGGCAUCCAGCCGCGACACAUCGGCGACAAGGCGUAUCCGCCCGCUCUCGAGAUGCAGUCAUACACUAUUUACGAGCCCAAGAAAGAGAGCCACACUGCGCUACCGAAGUGCGCAGAGAACGUGACGUCAUGGAGCGCGUGCUCGAUGUCAUGUGACGUGGGCGUAUCUAAAAGGCGGAUGAUUGACAGGCGAUGUGAAGAGAAGGAGGAGACCCGACUGUGCUACUUACGACCAUGUGGCAUAGAAUUACCAACAUCGGGAGGUAAAUGCACGCCAACGACGCGCAAUGGCCGGCAGCACAUUCGGUACGCCGAUUGUAUCAGCGUCAACGACUGGAAACUGAAGUUCUGCACCACGUGCCGGGCACGCCGAUGUUGCUAUCCCCGUCGGGAGAGAACCCGACGGAUUGAGUUCCAGUGCGGAAACGCCCGCCGGGAGAAAUUCGAUUUCAUGUGGAUAAAAAGCUGUCGCUGUGACCGACAAUGCUAUAAGCCCGCUCCGGAGGCGAAUAAAUCUAACAAACAUGAGCUGGAAAAUAUAUAUUACGCCCCUAAAAAGCCGUAACAGUUUUGUGUUCCGGUGAUAAUAACACGUCAAUACAACUGUAUAAGGCAUACAAUUUGCUUAUACGCGCGAUGCAUUCAUUCGGUUUUAGCGAAAUUUGUUGUACAGGAAAUGUGAUGGAGACAUUGAUGGAAAGCACAUGUUUACUUGAGCACUACUGUUGUUGUUGUCUCUGUAAUAUCAUAAUUGCGUUGAAAAUCAUGGUGACUUGAUGUGAAGUGUGUUAUUUAAAGGCUUGAUGGUUGUAAAUACUUACUGUUUCGGGUUGUUGAACAUUACAAUAUCGACUUGAGUAUGACCAACGUAAUCUCAAAUCACACGACGUCGUCGAGAUGAACUAAGGUGUUUUAAUAUAUGACCUUGACGUAUUCAUAAGUGUAAAAAAACUCACAUGAAUUGACAAUAUGCAUAUUUGACAGUAAACGUUUUACUUUUAAUAUGUAAGGGCAUCAUGGACACGGUCUGUUAGGAUUUUGAAAAAUCUGAGAACAUGUCAUGUAAAUUUCCACAUAAUUAUACAUAAUUAUAUAUAAUUGUCGCGUUUGAACUGAUUGGAUAAUAUAUACUUCUUACCGAUGUGUGUAUUAUGACACAUUUUGUUUACGGGUUGAUUAUUUAUUCUAUCUGUCGUUGGUAUUGUUUACUACAUAUUGUGUUUAUGUUGUAUAACAAGUAAAGUUAAAGGUUCCCCCACGUGUAAGCCCUUUUGAUAUACAACUAACACGAACGUUUUUAAAUUUCAAAUAAAAAUCUAGCAUAUAAAAUGAAUAUAUCCGCAUACAAAAUAAUGCAAGUAAAAAAAAGAUAAGACUAAUAGUCGGUCAAGAAAAGAAGAUUUCAACGACAGUCAUACAUAGAACAUUCACAUUCAGUUUAAAAACGAUACAUGCAUAACAAUUCUUUUAGCGCUUUAGUAUUUUAAAUCGCACAUCCUUCUAGCUUUUCAAUGGUUUUGAUUCAAGUUCUGAGAAUGUUUUUCCCAUACUAGUAGCGGUUGAUACUUCGUCAGAGAAAUUAUUCUUACAAAAUGAACCUAUAAUAAUAAUAAUUAAUUAUAUGUUGAUACAUUUAUUAAAGAAAGAAACUCGGAAA